ACAAAGCAGGGUCGUGGUGAGCGGGCGAACAGACUUCGCUGAGGACGGAAGACACUGGGAGAAUGAACGCGGUGGAGAGGAGGCUGGCGGAGCUCGUGCAUGAGCGUCCGAAUCUGUACGACCAGUCCCGGCAGGACUACAAGGACGCGGUGAAGGGCCAUGAGUCCUGGGGGGAGGUCGCGGGCGCCAUGGGGAGGCCCGAGUACGAGGUGAGGAUCAAGUGGAAGAAUCUGCGCGACAAGUUCUGCAAAGCGAAGAAGCGAAUGACCAGGAGAAACUGCCCCCUGCUGGACGAAGAGGAGAACGGCGCGGUGGAGCGGCCCGCCCCGGCGCUGCUGCACCAGCUGCUCUGGCUGAGCGACUUCGUGAAGCCUCGAGAGGAAGCAGCCGGCGAGAAGAGAGUAGCUGGGAGUGGUGAUGACCUGGAGAGAGUGCGUGAUAAAGUGAAGGAGCAGCACACACCCCUGUCUGCCAUCAGUACCAGCUUCUCUCUAGUGGAGGCCUGUCCAACCAACUGCCAGGAGCUGGUCUGUCUUAACCGUAAGAGGCAAGCCAACACAGAAACUGAGAUCAGUUCUGCAGAUGCCCUCACCAACGUCAGAGAUGAAGACGAACUGUUCCUGCUCAGCCUCCUGCCCUCACUGAAGAGGCUUACCAUUAAAAAGAGAAUGGAGGUGCGGAUGAAAUUCCAGCAGGUGCUUUACACUGCAGAGUUUGAGGACUGAAGAGACCAAAAGACAAUGAGCCUUUCAGUUGAAAGGAGUUAAAAUGAACUAGUUCAAAGUUCAGUUCAUGCAGAUGAAAAUGAACUUGUUCACGUUCAUAGUUAAAUUUUUACAAUUUUGAACUAAGUUCACGAUUCCAAAAAUGAACUAGUUCACGUUCAUUUAAAAAAAAGAAAAAAAAUCAAUAAUAACCUCAACAAAAGGUUUUGCCUUAUAUUUCAAAGAUCAAAUUUAUAUCCAAUGUUUCUUUUCUUUUCUAGUCCUUUUUAUUUUGCAAGAUAUUGAAAGCGUAACAACAAGCCCCUGGUGGUUCAUACUAUAAACUAGAGUAAACAGUUAUUAGUUAAUUAGGUGCAUAUGUACAGUAACAUGUACGCUAAUGCAAUAAAAUACAACAGACGGAUAAUAACCACCUCUGGUUUGAACCUCAUAAUGUUCAUUCAUCCCAAUUUUGAGGCAGUAUGUUGUUAUGUUAUUAUUGUACAUUUUAAAAUAUGUAAAAUAAGAACAUAUUUUUUUUUUUUUACAUUUAAGCUACAAAGUGGGGAAGUUGAUAAACAGCUAUGUUUUUAUUAUAUGUAAAUAAAGUUCACUGACGGAAUGUAUGGUAGCUCGCUUAUCUUUCUGAUAGGACACAUUUAUACUGUAUAUUUUUUACAAAUAAAUAUUUUGUUGCU